UUGAACAGUACUAAACAAGAAUAAACUGCGAUACAAAUUCGAAUUCAUCAAGAAUGUGUAGAGUAUUAUUGUUAUUUAGUUUAGUCGUAUGUGCUUGUUAUGCCACGUUUCCAAGACGCAUUGGCAGAACUUUAAGAGUGUCAAAUGGUGGACGCUGGGGUAAAUGGCAAGCACCAAGUUUUUGUCCAAAUGGACAAUUUGCCAGUGGUUAUAAAUUAAAGAUUGAACAAAGACAAGGUUCGCUUUCAUGGGAGGACGAUACUUCUCUGAAUGGUAUAGAAUUGGUGUGUGGUACCAGAAAUACUGCUUCCGGAAACGGAUAUACCGUAUCAUCUGGGUAUAGCCAUUGGGGAAGUUGGAAAGGAUUGAUAACAUGUGGAAGUGCGGGAAAAUUCUUAACCGCAUUCUCUCUCCAAGUUGAGAGUAAACAGGGAAAUGGAGAUGACACUGCAGCCAACUAUGUAAAAUUUGAGUGUCGAAAUUUAAACAGUGUAAGCCGUUCCCACAGCAUUGGUGAUGACGGUUUUUGGGGUAGUUACGGUGCUUGGAGUAUGUCAUGUGCAAAAGGAAGUGCUAUCUGUGGACUGAGAACUAAACUAGAGAUACCUCAAGGCAGCGGGGAUGACACAGCUUUAAAUGAUGUUGAGUUCUAUUGUUGUGGAAGCGAUUAACAUAUCUUUGUUCACUACGCUUAACAUUUAGUUAUUGUAACCGGCUGCAAAUAUAAAAAGUUUUACUUGAACUACAACAGUUUUGUUAAGUAUUUUUGACUAAAUUAUAAUCCUGGUACCUUUGAUAACUAUUUUGAACAAGAAAUUUUUUUUUCUAAUUUCAGAGCCCAUUUUUUAAAUUCCUAUCUCAAUUAGGGCAACAACUGUAUUAUUCUGAUGUUAAAAUCUCAUUAUUCAAUUUCAAUCAUUUUGACAAACAAAGCCAAAGGGUAUUAUCUUACAAAGAGCAAGACCGGCUGCGUCCACUUGAUUAACUUAACAAGGUGCAAAACCAGCUGCGUUUAUUGGAUAAACCAGACAAUGCUAUUGAUUAGAGGAGUUACAUUCAUUUUGAUGUGUCACCCUCGGUUUUAUUUUGUUACCUGGAUUUUGUGUUUGUUUAUUCGAAUUUGGACUAUUGAACAGCGGUAUAUUACUGUUGUCUUUAUUUCAUUUGUUGAAAGAUAUCUCCAUCAGUUGACAUUUAAGUGAACUGUAUAUGCGAAAAGUGCCAUUAAAUUAGAAUUAGGAUAUAAUUGAAGAUUAUGUUUUUAAUACUGAUUUAACAUUUAUUAAUAACAAUGAAAGUUACAAUACCUAUUAAUAUACAAUUGUGGUCGUAAUAAGAUAAAGUGUUUAUUAUCUAG